CCGCUGGAUUUUGUCGUCAGCAGCUGGUCGCCUCGCGAGCCUAGCCGAUCCGGCCUAGUAGAACCCGUGAAUUCGCGUCGCCUGCGCUGCUCGGCCGUGUUGUGCGUGUGUGUGUGUGUGGUGAGGUGAGCCUGCAGUGCGCGACCGCGAGCUCGAGUCUCGCGCAUCGGCCGUCCGUUAUUCCUGUGCGUCAACUCGCUCUUUCCCGACGCCGGCUUGUGCGUGCACGCGUGCGCGUGCGACAUUCCGCGCGUUCGUCCCCGAAAUCAAGCAGCAGCAGCAGCAUUCGUGAACGCGCAGAAUUCCCGAAGCCAUGUCGGCCGUUGCACUGUCUCCCGACGCGCCGGCGAUCCGGCUGUGCCAUGUCGUCAAGUGGCCCGACUACGAGGGCUUCGGCUUCAACCUGCACAGCGAGAAGUCCAAGCCGGGCCAGUACUUGGGCAAGAUUGACGAAGGGAGCCCCGCGCAGCUGGCCGGCUUGCGCGAAGGGGACCGCAUCGUCGAGGUGAACGGCAUCAACAUCUCCAACGAGAACCACAAACAGGUGGUCGAGCGGAUCAAGGCAGUGCCGAACGAAACCAAGCUGCUCGUGGUCGACCCUCUGGCGGAUGCCUGGUACAAGGAGCACAAGAUCAUCAUCAAGAGCAGUCUGCCGACGGUCAAGCAAUGCCACAACCCCGUGCCCAGGCCCGGAAAGAGGAACAGCGGCGCCUCGCUGGGUUCUUCCUCCUCCUCCUCCGAUCAGCCUCCUCGCCGGGGGUCCUCCUCCUCUUCUCCCCCUGCCGCCCCCAGUAAGGUGGUGUCCCUGCCGGCGGGCGCCCCAGCCGCCCGGCUCUGCCACCUGGUGCGGCGGCCGGACUUCGACGGCUACGGCUUCAACCUGCACGCCGACAAGCAGCGCAAGCUGCAGUACGUGGGCGCCGUGGACCCCGGCAGCCCCGCGGAGGCCGCGGGCCUGCGCGCCAACGACACCAUCGUCGAGGUGAACGGCGUGAACGUGGAGGGCGCCAACCACCGCGACAUCGUGGAGCGCAUCAAGGCGGUGCCCAACGAGACCCGACUGCUGGUGGUGGACGACGGGUCGGCCGCCUGGUAUCGCGAGCACGGCGUCGCCAUCCACGGAGACCUGCCCAACGUCAUCCAGCUGAGCAGCGUCAAGGCGGCCGCCAGGCGCGCCAGCAAGCCCGCCGCCGUCGCACAACAGGAGGCCGCGCCGCCGCCCAGCGAGGUUACUGGCCACGACGGCCUGCGGCUGUGCCACCUGUCCAAGUGGCCCAACUUCGACGGCUACGGCUUCAACCUCCACGCCGACAAGAAGCGACAGGGACACUUCAUCGGGCAGGUAGACCCCGGCAGCCCCGCCGAGCUCGGAGGCCUGCGAAAGAACGACCGGCUCGUCGAGGUGAACGGCCUGUCCGUGGAGGGCGAGAGCCACCGCGAGAUCAUCGAACGCAUCAAGCAGGACCCGACGCGAGUGAGCCUGCUCGUGAUCGACCGCGAGGCGGACGAGGCGUUCGCACGACGCAAGCAGAAGCCCAGCAGCCAGUCCGAGAGCGUGGUGCGCCGGCACACGCCUGCGCAGCAACCAGGCACCGAGCAGCAGCAGCAGCAGCAACAACAACAGCAUCAAGAUGACCUGUCCAAGAGCUCGACGCCGCUGCUGACGCCCAGCCCGCAGUCCACUCCACCGCAGGCCACUGAGAGGGCUUCGCACGUGGCAACGGCAACGUCGGCUGCCCAGCAGAGCCGCGACGAAGACGACACGUCGUCCGUCGAGGUGGUCGCGGCCUCUCCGACGCCCACGAGCGAGGAAGAAGGUGACGACCGCUCAACACCGCGCCUCGAGACCCCCGUCUCGGACAAGGGCUCCUCGGCCGUCAACGGCGGGGGAUCCAGGAGCUCGGACCUGCGCUCCUCCACGUCCUCGAGUCCCCGAGACUCUCCGGUCUUCGCGCGCGACCAGAAGAGCUCCGUGAUCGAGUCGACGACGACCACCACCGUGAUCAAGAACACCACGCUCACGACCGGCGCCGACCGGACCGACGGCUCGGGCUCGUACGACGUCCAGAAGGCGUACGACGUGCAGAUCAACAACUCCGAGGUUCGCCGGAUCUCGGACCUGCAGCCGCCGCCCCAGCGGGGCGGGGCAGUGCUCGCGCCUCCCCAGCCCGCCGCCAGGCAAGCCGCGGUGGUCCACGUCGAGAACAACGGUACCAGCCAGAACGGCGCGGCGGCGCCCGUGAGGAACGGCGGCUCGCUGCCCCCGCCUGGAGCCGACGGCCUCAACUUGACCAUGAAGGCGUCCGAGCUUCGGGAACUGCUGCGCUCCCGGAAGAAGAAGGACCCGAGGGAGACGCAGAUGGACCUUCGCCAGAAGUACAAGAUCAUCGAGCAGAUGUAGAGAGGCGCGCGCAUGCGCACUGCGGGGACUGGACACUGUGCGGCGCUCGCUGUCUGUCACGUGGUGUCGGAGGGUCCCUUUACUUGGUGACGUCUUAAGUGGCAGCCAUAUUGUUGGCGGGUGCACUGUGAGCAGCUCCGGUCUUUCGUUUUUUUUUUUUUUUUUCUUGUAUAUUUUUUUGUCUUGUCUGUGCGCGCACCCCCGACGCUUUUGUGACAGCCUGAGGAGAAAAGACGAUCGCUGGGGGGACACUUGCGCCGUGCGCCGGGUGGUCUAAUUACGCAACGGCAUGAGUGAGUGUUUGUCGGCGCUGGUGUGCCUCUUGUGUCCGUUGUGUAAUUGUUUUCUCAAGCUAGUUUGUUGUCGCCUGUUGAGAGAGAAAAGUUUGGGCCCAUGUUAAAUACCAUAUGUAUACGCUGCAGCUGCGCGGGGCCAAGUAACGUCGCGUAAUUUACGAUGUUCGCAGUACGUGCGGCUCAAACUGGCGAUGCGUCACACUUACGUUAAGGGCUUGCUAGCGUGAUCUUGUAGCUACAUCUUAGUUUAAUUGUAACAUGGGCUGGAAACAUUGGUCUGCUCAACACUGGUCAGCUAAAAUUCGGCUCUCGGACUAAGUAUUUUCAGUAGAUCUACCGGCAGCUGCUGUAAGAUGGGGAAGACUGGCGUGACCUUAUAUGGUCGCUGCCUAGCAAAUUUUUAAACACUGCAAGUGCCUGAGCAACCUUGUCCUUACAUGAAAAGGGACCGGCUUUGUUGUUUGUGAUUGGUCCGCAACCAUAACAACGCUCACGUUCUUAUACACAACGCUAAUAGGGCGGUCUGGCGACGUCACUGCAGAAAGCCUCGCACCAUUUGAAUGGUGUCACUGUAGUUCACUGGACACAGCGUUUAUAAUUUUUUUUUCAGCGACCAUAUACUUUAGUCCACUUUUUACGUCGUUACAAUUUUUUGAACGAAGGGUCCGUGAUGAGAAUCAUUCCUAACUGUUGUCUUUUGCUAAGUCCGGGCGCGCGUUUUGUUGCGCUAUUUGUAGCCGGUUCGUGUUUUCUAAACGGAGCGUGUUGUCGUUAUGCACCUCGUAGUCUGUCUCUCGCCAUUUCUCUCUCUCUUUCUGAAAGUGCCUUAUACUAACCUGUACUUCUACUUUUUUGUCAGCCUCGUUACUCGUACGCAAGAGGGAAACAACAUAUCGCAUGGUUGGCGGGCCUUGUCGCUCUCAUUUAUACACUGGCCAGAAAAGUAAAAGUAAUGAUCGCGCAGAUGGUCCAACCUAUGUUCUUGGCAUGCAUUAGGGGCACAGCAACCGUAAAAUAAACGAAAAACAAUAAGAAAGCAGGUUGGGGGAUGGAGUGUGAUUGGCGUUUCGGGUACAAAAAGAAGCUUCGCUGCGUCCUCUGCCUCCUACAAGUGUCGAAUGCUUGCACAAUCAUUUGGGGAAGCUUGAAGCUUGGCUAUCUACAUGUACACUGCUGAACGACUUUAUCUGCUGUCGCAAAAUAUGGCUGUAUACAGGAAGCCCCCGGAGAACUUCGUGCACAUGUUUCUCGUUACUUUGCUUCCAGUGUUAGUCGUUUCGCGUUGGAUACGGUUUUUCUACCGAAUUCCAGCCUGACUUAGUCCUAAGGCCGCCUUCUUCACGGAAAUGGUUCAUGUCGGUGCUGACGGCAGCUUGGCAUCUGUGUAUACGUCUGUGUUACGGCGGCAAUCCUGAAAGAAUGCCGUCGUGUGUCACAUUGUUUGUAAGCGAGCACGUCGUGCUAACAACUUUCAAGCCUGCCCCUUCACUUAGCGUCUCUCCCUCUCAUUCAUUUUAUUUAAUUAAUCUAAACUCAGCGUCUUAAUUAGCUCCGACGUUCUCUCGACUAGCCGCUGCGCGUCGCUAAGGAACUGACUGUUCUUGCAACUGUAACUUCGAUGUUUUUGGGUAAGGCGCGAAUAACAAUUAGACACAUAAUGCAGAUGUUCAGACGUCCUCCAUCUCGAGCAAGAUUCCAAGUUUUGGUGGCGAUCUCCUUUUGUGUCGUGCUCAAUGCCGUUGGGCUUCUAGCUUCGUUGAAGUGUAUUCUAGCCGAAGCUAUAUAUUUCUUUACUGUUGAGCCUGUCGUUGUCGCAUUGUCUCGGGGCACUGGACACUCUUGGAGUUCGCGGCUGCGAAACUGAAUGUGAAAGACCACCGAUAAAGGCUCCUAGAAAUCUCUGAUCGGUAGCUGUGUGGUCGAGACUUCCUUUUACGAGUGGCACCUGAGCAUAUGAAGGGGCCACCCGUACGAGGGUCGGUUAUUUUACGGGGUGUACAAUAGGUGCUGGGACUCGACUGACGACACUUUAAGUAGCUAGGGCAGGCGCUUUUCGAAGGCGGCAGCUGACGCUCGACAGAACCAGUUGUAGGUCGUGCUGCUGAUAAUUCGUGAUUUCUGGCCAUCGAUAGAGGAGACAACGGACGUGAUACCGUCGCUCAAUCGGCCUCUGGUCCUGUUAUAGCGUCGCCGCUGUACGCCGACUGACCCGCCAUUCUACGUUCGACAUCUCAAUCGUCGAAAUCAAGCAGCGCGAAGGGGAACAGAUGACGAUAGGGAUCAUGCGUCAUCUGAUCCCAUCGCGCUAUUUGAUUUCGACGAUGUGAAAUUACCAACUCGCCGUUUUAAUCCAGUAUAUCUCAUUGCGGAGUUGAACACUGACUUCGGCUAUAGCGUCUACGGUAUAGCAACUCGGCUGCGCCGAGCGCCGCAUUAAGGUGCGAGCUGUUUUUCCCUCCAGUGUUUUACGCGGAGUCUUCCGCCGCCGUUCACGUUGGCUUCGGGGCGUACUGGCUGCUGCUUGCUCUUGUAGUUUCCUCGUGGGUUUCGGUCGGUUUUCUUUCCUUCUCCUUAUUAUUGGUUUGUGGAGCGAGGAAACCGUGCACUUUCAUCCUCCCCGCUAUGAGCGCGGCAACUAUUUUUUUCGUCGGUGCGAAUCCCAAAAAGAAGGAAGUUUAACCAGGUCUCUGUGAUCAAACACGCGAUCGGCCUUCAUGGCCUACUAAGCUUGCCCUUUUUUUUUUUUUUUUCUAAAGUCUUUGGUCCUUUCGUAAUCGUACCGGGGCCGGCGAUAGAAAUUCUACGCCGUCCUUUUUCGCUACGCCGGCCGUUUGCGCGGAUGCGACCCGCAUCGGCGUCUUUACACGCCGCCGAAAAAAAAAAAAAAAGAGACAUUCCGUGGCCCUAUUGCGUUGUGCGCGUGUUGAACGAACGGUUUGGGAAAGCGAGACCGCGCGCUAUGCGCGUCCUCGUUCAUUCUGAGGGCGCGAGUCCCGCGUGUACGGAAUAAAGGUGGACGCUUGCCGUCGAGUGAUUUCGGUAGUUCACGUCGCUCUUCAUGGUCGCAGGCUCUUGUAUACAGUGAUAUUAGAACUGGUUAUGUAUACGUUGAAAGGUCCAUAAAUGCUUGACCGUCUGAGGGAUAAAGGAACCAUCUGAUUAGCCGUUAAAGAAAACUGCGAUAGUGUAAUGACAUUAGUUUGACAGCAGCGAUCCGCGCGCUGCCUUCGCACUCUUCUGCCUCAUUAUGAAAGCGCUAACGUAGUCGAGCUACUGUUCCGUUCAGGUCGAAGUUGCUGAAGCAUUGGAUGUGACUUUUAAAAGAAACUAUUGAUGAGUUCAUUUUAAUCGGCAACCGCAAGGAAAGUAUUGUAACCCCCCGAGGUACCUGCUUCAGUUUUAACCACAACGAACGCGCCAACGCCGGGCGACGCCGAAUAUACGUCGAUAAUACGCUUACGUGUGUGGUUGUCGAAAUCGCGCACAGCUGUUCACUCGCACUAUCGAGCCAGUGUUGUCCACUCUCGAAGCGCCGUCCAGGGCGUUGAGUCUUGAUUCCAAUUAUACGUGAUUGUUUUAAAGCGUUCGUAUAGACAACAAAAAUUAGUUUUGCAGCUUUGCUUUCUAACUUCUCUUUUCUUUCUCUCUCUCUCUCUCUUUCUUGUAGCGUUGUGUUCCAAGCUUUGCGUUCCUGUAUGUGUUACGCUGGGCGGGGCUUAUGCAACUUAGGAGCAGCAUACGAGGAAACGCUGUCCGAAUCAAACCAAUGUCGCAUCGAACGGUGCCUAUACGACUAUAUAUAUAUAUACGCUGUGCAAGCGGUGCAAUUAAUGGCAUGUUUCUCUCGUCGUUUUUGUUUAUAUGUAGUGCUAGGGCCGUCUUCCGUUACUGACUGUCAUGGCGUCGAGCUUUUUACUCCGGUUCAUCAAAUCGGCGCAGCGCGAUGAACGGCUGCGGGUCCUACCAGCCAAUCAGGAAAGAGAACUCCCGCUGCCUGUUUCCGGGAGGUAUAGCAACGGCUUCAGCCACUCCGCGUCGAUAAUCCAUCCGUGAUCCUUGCAUUCAAAUGGCGUCCCGCACGCUACAGGAUUAGCUGCAGACGGUGGACGAGCCAUCCUUACGGUUCUCGUUCCUCAUCAGCUAUCAGCUCAUUGGCUGAGCUGAUCCGUAGCUUUCGCUACACUGUAUGGAGACAGUGAGACAGAGCUAAACUUCUUUUUUCUUCUAACGAAGCCCUAAACAGUUUCCAGUCUCCAUAUUACAUUGGCGUUACAAGCCUGUCAGCUGCGUGCUACGUUUGCGCGAGCACCGAAUUAAACGACGCUCGUGUUGCGAUAACUCUGCUCUCGAAGUGGACGAAGUGCCUUAACCAAUCACCUUCCCCUUGUCUACGUCACCUGUGCUGUUAUUCACCACCUUUGCCUAUAAAUGUAUGGUUGUGAUGGCUCCCGCUAGACUUAAGUGUAACACAAUCUGUGCCUUGUGAGGGGAACAAUCCUCCACCGUCGUAAAAUGUUUUCCAUAUGUAUACGUGCUUAUGCAAAUGCGCAUGUGUACGUGAGCAUGUAUGUAUAAAUGCGCGACCUCGUGAUCAGUCACGAUGGGCAAGGUCAUUUUUAAAGUGGAAUUCCGUACCCAUAUUUGUUGUCAAAUGACUGUGGUAUAUAGGCGGCUGUUCGCGUUUUUUGAAGGUUUUUACAAUGUUAAGUGUCUGUUCUCUAUUAAAUAUACACGGAUCGUUGCCUCUUGAUGUUACGGUUGUGUGAAAAGCGCCGGGCCCUUCAUUUGAUUGGUUGUGUGCAAUGUGAUGCUUGCAAACUACGUCUUCUACGGCAUAGAACUGGGGUGUUAUGCGUCGAAUAAGGCGGACCCUGGCGUCACUGCAAAAUUCGACGACAACAAGUGUUUCUUAUGCCCAAAACGUCGCUUGACUUGUAUUUACACUUCCUUUUUGUGCGCUGUCUAAUUUCCUAACUUGCUAUCAUAUUCUGUGAAAGCGCUCCUCGUACAUUUUUUUUAUUACUAUAUACUUCUCAAUGAAAAUAUAUUUGUGUAUUAUUGCAGCUGUGACGGCUGUGUUGUACGGCUUCACGAUGGACUCGCCAAAAGGAAGUCGCUAAUGUAGGCAUUUUGGCCACCACAAGGCUCCUUCACAGCAAGGCUCCUUCACAGUACGGCUGCUUCACAGUACGGCUCUGCUUUGCUGCUCGUAUUCUGUAUGGUAAAAAUCUCUGUAUGCAGUUGACGAGUCGCUACUGUGACGUUCGGAUGAUACGCGAAGUACCAGCCUUCUCGGGUUUUGGUUCGAAGCGUUCUAACUUGAGGUCCAUUUUUGUGUUUGCGACUUCUCCGUGCUUAAAGUGCGUUCAUAAAGCUUCAUCAACGUAUUCACAGAUGCGUGUUGUCUUCCGGGGCCAUUCGUUUCGCUUAGCACAUGGGUGACAACAGACGACAGUCAGCGCUAACCGACAGGCGUACGCUGAUUACAACCACAAUUGAUAGUUGACGUCAUUGUCGAUUGAACCGCGGUCUGCUUUCCUGACAAGAUUUGGCCUACACUUCGUAAUUGUAUGUCGUUAAAAAAGGGCGGGGCGGAGAGGAAGUACACGUGACGUUCUUCUGCAGAUUGUAAAGUUUUCGGUUAUUGUAGGCCAGUCCAUAUUGUGUGUAGACUAAUGAAGUGGCAUUCUGUAUUUUGUCUUUAUGGUCGUUCUCUCGUCCCUGGCGUCACUGCAAAAUUCGACGAGAAGCACUGUCGGUCUGGUAUGUCUUCGUCUUCCCGUACGUGUGUGUGUGUGUGUGUCACGUGUACUUCCAGAACCGAGCGUUACUGGCUGCCUUUUUUUAAAAUGCGCAUUGUUAUCUCAGAUGCUCGCGACAACCCAAUCUAUACAGAGACUUUUCGACAUCAAUGCGGGGUCCAUAAGCUUUUUUGCGCGUCUUGCUCAACGGGAGUGCCUUCACCAACAUUCGUAUAUAUGCAAAUACUAUACGCUGCGGAAUCGACCUCGUUAACGAGGCGAGACGUAUAACACGCGUUUGUAUCUUGAACACUACGCUUUUUGUGCUAAACACCUUGUUUUUUUUAUUAUUCUUUUAUUGAUUUUUUUUACAAUAUCUGUGUUGUACGCUGCGGGCACUACAGUAUGAGGUCGUUUUCUUUCUUUCUCCCUUUCUUGUGGACCACACCCUUCAUGUUCACACUUUUUUUUUUUUACUUGUGUUGUUCAAGAGCCGUGUUUUUCAUUUUUUUUUCUUCGGCAUUUUCGGUGCCGUUCUGUUUUGGAAACCUUGUUGUUGAUGUGUUCCCUGGUCACGGGGAAGGCAAGUUGAAUGAAAUCAAAUAAACGUCUAUUUAGAAGUA